AUGUUCCCCAAUACAAUAGCCUCCAUUAGUUCCACACUCACAACAGCAUAUCCUUUAACACCCUCAUCUCUAUCACCACCUUUACCACAAUAUCAACACUCUGCCAAACGUUGCCUCUCACCAGUAAGAUCAUAUCAUCCCAAAAUACCACCCUACUCUUGUACACGCCUUUCCACCCGCCUAACACCCACAAUCUAUACACAAGCACCACAGCAGCAACCGACCACUAAAUCACUACCAAAUAAUCUAAAUUCACCCACAUCACAGACACCUUCGUGUACCACUACCACUACAGCAGCCUGUUGUAAAAGUAGAAUUUGUUCAGCACACGUAGGCAGUGCUCCUUGCAGCAGCAGUAAUCUACAAUUACAAUGCUCCUCCACCAACAUCACUCAUCAUCAUUAUCAUACGAAUAAAUUUCAGAGUGAGGCUUUUAGUGCGGACACUGGACACGCUGCAGUAUCAGUGUCUUCGGCAACAACAACGAAUUCUACUGGAUCUCAGCAUACUUUGAAAGCUUUACCUUUGCCUUCCGUUAAUGACAAUAAUGCCGCCGCCUCUACUAGUACGCUCUCCUUUCCCCUGGGCGAAGUGGGCUCUAUAUCUUCUACUACUAUAUCUUCUGCUUCCAGUUUACAACCUCCUGGUGGCUGUAUAACGCCAACUAGUUAUAAAAAGAAAUCUUCUUUUUUGCAACGUAAAAAGCCAAUACUCACACGCAGUGAGGACACACUAUCAUUUUUUUACUACUUUCUUAAAAAUGUCUAUACACAAACACUCAUAGAUGGAAAUGCUUUAAGUCAGUCUUUAAGAAGACGUAAUUUAAGUUUUACCCAAUUAACAAUCACCGAUAGUAAUGACAAUAACCAAACACCGGCAUUUUUGGAAGCGGGAACUUCCCCCCUACAAACAUCACUGGAUGAAAAUACUGAAGUUGAAAAUUUGGCCGGCCAUCACCUAAUUAUUAUGGAUAAGGAUAGUUCACGUAAGACCCUACAAAAAGCGGCCUCAUUUGGAUCGCGAAAUCGACCACCACGCCUGCUAUCAUCAGCCUCGACGGAUGAGUCGUCAGAGGUGAAUUUAACGGGCAAACAAUUGAAACAACGAUGGUCAGGAUUGUUUGGAGUAAAAAAUCCCCAACAGAGCCAGUUGUGUGAAUUACUAAAUAACUAUUCGAAAAAUGGUGUACCACAAAAAACUCCCGCCACUUUAAGUUUUGAUCAUCCUGAUCUUGUCAAUGCCAUAGAUUAUUUAGAUAAUAGACAUAAAUCAUGGAUGGAUAUAGUCGAGAGUGGUAGCAUGAAUGACAGUGAGAUGAGAAUACAGACUGCCAUUUGGGAAUUGGUAACAACGGAAGUCGAUUAUAUACAUUGUUUACAAACGGUGACGGAUCUUUUUCUCGCCUGCUUGGAGUCAGUUCAGGAGGAGGGUUUGCUGAAAGAGGUCGAUCAACAUCGUUUGUUUGCCAAUAUUCGCGAUAUUUGUGAGGCUAAUUUAAAAUUUUGGACAUUUUAUUUGUAUCCCAUGGUGGCGCAUAGUAUUAAUACCCGUGAACCCUUAAGAGUGGCUUUUUUCCAGCAGGGUUUUAUAGCGUUUGCAAAUAUUUUCGCUCCCUAUAAAAAGUACUGUGCUGAGCAGAGUACUUGUCAGUUUUAUUGUAAAGAGUUGAAUCGUACAAACUCUUUGUUUACCUCGUAUUUGGCCUGGUGUGAGGCUCAGAAAAUGUGCAAUCGGUUACGUUUAGCUGAUAUUUUGGUGAGACCAAUGCAGCGUUUGACAAAGUACAGUUUAUUACUGGCGGCUAUAAAGAAACACAUGACAGAUGUGGAGGAAAUUGAAGCCAUAGAGACCAUGCUUCAUACCACCGAAAAUUUUGUUUUUAGCGUUAAUAAUCAUUUAACUACUAGACAAGAAAAUGAGCGUUUAAAAGGUGUUAUGGCGCGCAUAGAAUCCUAUGAUGUGGUGGACACCAACAAUGAACAUUUGGAAAAGAUGAUUAAGCAGUACAGUCAAAUGUUCGAUUUGUGUGGUCCCAUGAAAGGCUGUGCCUCUCAACAUGUCCGACAUUUAUUCAUGGAGGGCGAUCACAAAUACAAAGACAAUCUCGGCAAAGUCGAAGUGCAUUGUUUUCUUUUAACCGACAUGCUAUUGGUGUGUAAAUCAAUAGCGAAAAAGGGUUUGGGUACCCUUAAAGUGAUACGACAGCCAUAUCUAACCGAUAGGCUUAUAGUACAACAUUCCAAUAAUUUAUUAAGUUGUGUUUAUCUAAAUGAAUUCCAAGUGGCAAUAAGUGCAUUUACUCUACAGUGUACAGAGGCUAAAAAUUGGUAUGAAGCUUUGAAGAGAGCUAAAAUGAUAUAUACGCGCUUAAAGCAAAGUUCUAUGGUAAAUCCUUGGGACUCUAUGCGUUAUGUGAGCAGUGCGGCUGAUUCAUUGGGUGUUAAGAAAUCACCCAUGAAUUCAUCCAUAUGCUCGCAUGUGACGAGUGCUAAUAAUAGUCAUAGUGGUUCAGUGGAAUGGAAUGAUUCACGUAAUAUUUCAGUGGAUUUUGAUAAAACCAAUUCACUGUCCAGUGAUGAAGGUUGCACAUUUUUGGGAGCCCAUGGUUUUCCUGUAAAAGGAAAAACCUUGACAACCAUUAGUCCCCAGAAACUUAAAGUGAAUACCACCUCCUCCUCCAAUAUGUUAACGGUGCAGCCUCUUAAUCAUUUGGGUCAAAGUUUACCUAACCUCAAUCUUCACCACAGUCAUACUAAUAAUACAUUAUUGGUACCGGGUACAGCCAAUAGUGCACAUUCCGGUAAUUUAUUGCUAUCACCUAGUCAUCGUGGCAUUUCAUAUCCACCACCAAGUCCAACGAGGUAAGUUGUUUCUUUCUAAAUACUC